GAAUUUCGAUUAAUUAUAAGGGUUUAUGUUGUUAUUGUUGUUGGAGUGCAACAAUAAUCUAUUUGAUUUUGAGUUAGUUAAGGGUUUACUUUUGGGUUUAAUUAAGGCUUUAAUUUUGAUUUUCCUGUUUUAUUUCCCUCUAAUUAAACUCAACAUUUUGUGAUUUGAUUAUGCCGAGGAUCCAGCUUGGUAUAUUCAUUACCUAGCGUAUAUCUGGUAUUAUUGGGCUGCAUUGUGAUUUUCCUAUAGACGCUUAAAUAUUGUGCUAACUUAUUUGAAUGCAUUGGAUUAUUUGACAACAUAAUCUUCAUCAUGACAGAUAGAUUAUUUGACGUGUCCAUAAUCUGUUAUUGCUCGGUUGUUACUUGUUAGGGUAACAGUAACAUGGAAUGAAAAUUAAUUACAGCUAAUUCUGGAAGGCCAUCUAGUUAAAUUUAAUUUUAAACAUAAUAUGGUAGACUUUUUUGCCGGUUAUAUAAUUUGUUAUAUAGAGCUGUCUCUAGCAGUUAUUUGUGAUUGUAUGCUAAUUUUUGUGUGGUUAAAACAUAAAAGUUAAAACUACAUAUAUGCAUCAGAUUUUUUGUUAUGAAGGAAUGAAAAUGUUCUAUUUUUGAUUUUAUCACAGAAUUAUUGUGAAGCACACAGCAAUCUCAACCAACUGGUGCCAGCAAUUUCUUGCUGGCACACAAGUUGAAGUGUUGAUUUGCAUCUUGGAUAGUCAAGCACAUGAGUCAAAAGAGGACACUGAAUCACAGUAGAGCCCUUGAGGGUGUCCACGGGGUCCAUGUGGUGCCUCAUUCACCGUUUUCUUUGACAGAAACUAAUCAAAAUGCAGGCCUUCAUCCAUCAUCAGGUGGAACUUCAAAUACCGAAGCAAAUCAGCUUCUGAUAAUGCAACGGGUGUGGCAACAAAGACCAGCAUGCUUGAGACCUAUCCAUUGUAGUACUAGUUGUCAUGGUGAUCAACAUCUUGCUGAAACAAUUGCGAAUGUGCUUACUUCAAUUCCUUUUGUAGUUCUUGGAAUGCAUGCCCCCAGGAAGAAUCUCAGUUCUAAGAUGUAUGCCAAUUCAUUAAUUGGAGUUGGAGUGGCUUCAAGCAUGUACCAUUGUUCAAGAGGGAAAUUGAGGAAAUUUAUGAGAUGGGUUGACUACACAAUGAUAGCUACAACAACUGUUUGUCUAUCAAGGGCCAUCAGAAAUGAGAACCCAAAGUUGCUGAUGGCGGCAUCUGCAGCAUUUCUUCCAGUUAAUCCAUUAAUGGUUUCAGUUAUUCACACUGGGAUGAUGGAGGUAGCAUUUGCUAAAAGGGCAUUGAAAGAUCCAGACUUGAGAACGGCUCACACAGUGCACAAAAUGUCAUCAUUAAUGGGUGGUUUGCUUUUUAUAGCCGAUGAUUUAUUCCCUAAAACUCCAUACCUUCAUGCUGCAUGGCAUCUUGCUGCUGCUGUUGGUGUAGGCACCUGCAAUAAGCUUCUUGAGUAGAUGCGCAUACCUUAAUCAAAAUGUUGAAAACAUCCAUUCUGUGCAGAGUAAGAAUAGCAUCAAAUAAUUUGCCGAUUUGUGUUAGUACACUAUCCUUUUGGAUUAUGUUUAUAUUGUAGAGAGGUUCAAUUCAGAUUAGUUUCCGCAAUUUAUUUACUUUCUCCAGUUGUAGUUGGAUUCAUUAGUUACAUUUUUUGGAGAAAGGGAUUUGUGCAGAAAAAACUGGCCGUUAAUAUUGUUGUGUAAUGAACUUGCAAUUAUAAUAUUUCAUUGUUCCUAUGGAUACUUCGGUUUUUCUUUUGAA